GGCCGAGGCUGGGGCGGCCGCUCGCUUCCUGCUCCACACCGGCGGCAGCGUGGCCUCGCACCGCACCGGGAGUCCCCGCGCCGAGCCAUGCUGCCCACCCCGCACCGCUCACCGGGGGCUUCGCCGGCGGCCUCCCCCCCCCGCAGUUCCCCCCGCAAUUCCCCCGUCCUCUUCAGGAAGCUCCUGAUGAACCAGAGCAUCCGCCUGCAGCGGCGCUUCACCGUGGCGCAUCCCCUCUGCUUUGACCUGGAGAAUGGCCCCCCAGGCCGGGGCGUGCUGGACCCCCAGGCCAGCCCUGGCGCGGGGCUGGUCCUCCAAGGCACCUUCUCCCAUGGCCAGCGCCGGGAGUCCUUCCUGUACCGCUCCGACAGCGACUACGACCUGUCCCCUAAAGCCAUGUCCCGCAACUCCUCCAUUGCCAGUGACCUGCAUGGGGAAGACAUGAUUGUCACUCCCUUCGCACAGGUCCUGGCCAGUCUCCGCACGGUCCGGAGCAACCUGACCGCUGCAGCCAGGACCCUCUGUGUGUCCCCGUGCCGGGUCGCCAUGCCAUCGGCAUGUCCCGUGCCAAGCUGGCGGCUGUCCCCAACAGAAGAUGCCCACCAGAAGCUCUCACGGGAGACUCUGGAGGAGCUGGAUUGGUGCCUGGACCAGCUGGAGACGCUGCAGACCAGGCACUCGGUCAGCGAGAUGGCCUCCAACAAGUUCAAGAGGAUGCUGAACCGGGAGCUGACGCACCUCUCGGAGACCAGCCGCUCGGGGAACCAGGUCUCCGAGUACAUCUCCAGCACCUUCCUGGACAAGCAGCAUGAGGUGGAGAUCCCCUCGGCGCUGGCCAAGGACAAGGAGAAGGAGCGGCGGAAGCGCCCCAUGUCCCAGAUCAGCGGCGUCAGGAAGCUCACGCACGGCUCCAGCCUGGCCACCGCCGGCAUUCCCCGCUUCGGGGUGCGCACGGACCAGGAGGGGCUGCUGGCCAAGGAGCUGGAGGACACCAACAAGUGGGGGCUCAACGUGUUUAAAGUCGCCGAGUACUCAGGCAACCGCCCGCUGACGGUCAUCAUGUACAGCAUCUUCCAGGAGCGUGACCUGAUGAAGACCUUCCGCAUCCCCGUCAACACCUUCAUCACCUACAUGCUGACGCUGGAGGACCACUACCACGCCGAUGUGGCCUAUCACAACAACAUCCAUGCCGCCGAUGUGGCUCAGUCCACCCAUGUCCUCCUCUCCACACCUGCUCUGGAGGCUGUCUUUACAGACCUGGAGAUCAUGGCUGCUAUCUUCGCCGGAGCCAUCCAUGAUGUUGACCACCCCGGUGUCUCCAACCAGUUCCUCAUCAACACCAACUCGGAGCUGGCGCUGAUGUACAACGACGCCUCGGUGCUGGAGAACCAUCACCUGGCUGUGGGCUUCAAGCUUCUCCAGGAGGAGAACUGCGACAUCUUCCAGAACCUGAGCAAGAAGCAGAGGCAGUCGCUGCGCAAAAUGGUCAUCGACAUGGUGCUGGCCACGGACAUGUCCAAGCACAUGAAUCUGCUGGCGGAUUUGAAAACGAUGGUGGAGACUAAGAAGGUGACGAGCCUGGGGGUGCUGCUGCUGGACAACUACUCCGACCGGAUCCAGGUCCUGCAGAACAUGGUGCACUGCGCCGACCUCAGCAACCCCACCAAGCCGCUGGAGCUCUACCGCCAAUGGACCGACCGCAUCAUGGUGGAGUUCUUCCGCCAAGGCGACCAGGAGCGGGAGAAGGGGAUGGAGAUCAGCCCCAUGUGCGACAAGCACACGGCCUCUGUGGAGAAGUCCCAGGUGGGCUUCAUUGACUUCAUUGCCCACCCGCUGUGGGAGACGUGGGCCGACCUGGUGCACCCCGAUGCCCAGGAGAUCCUGGACACGCUGGAGGACAACCGGGAAUGGUACCACAGCAUGAUCCCGCGCAGCCCGUCCCCCCCGCCCGCGGGGCACGGCGCGUCCCCCUCCACCACCGACAGGUUCCAGUUUGAGCUGACACUGGAAGAGGAGGAGGAAGAGGAGGGUGAGCUGGACACGGAGCCGGAGGGGGCUGAGAGCCCCUUGGACGAGGACAACAGCGGCUCCAAGACCCCAGCCACAGACGACUCGGGGUCGGCUGACAUCAAGUGCCUGUCACCCGGCCCCGGGGACCGGGGCUCACCUGUCACCUGCCCCAGGGACGUGGACAACCGGCGGGCGCUGGAGGGGACGAUGCCAAAGGACAGCGGUGGCGGCGGGUGCUCGGAGCCGGGGCCUGAGGGGCUGUGCCUGGACACGGAGGGCAACGUCACAUUCCUGCCCCUGGACACGUAGCGGCACCAGCCGUGGGUCCCCCUCGCUGCCGCAGGGAUGUGGGGCUGGGCACUGCCCCGGUGAGAGCAUCGGCACCGCAGGGACACGGAGGGACCCAACGUGUGUCCCCAUGUGGGAGCUGGGCAGGUCCUGAGGGGCAGGAGGAUGCUGCUCACCCUCUCCCAGCGACUGUCCCCUGCUCCCACCCAGCCUGCGGGAGGGCUGGAAAGGUCCCUGUGCUCUUCAGGCAGGGCGCGGGGACACUGUGCUCCAGCCCCAUCCCAGCCGUGGGGACAUGGAGCUCACAGGGCUCCGCGGAAGAGGUCCUCCAUGGGGCCAAAAGCGUUUUGACAUCUCUCUAGGUGGCCCCUGGCCCAACACAGCCCCACGGCAGGCCAGCGAGGCGGGUGAAGGGUGCUGGUGACAGCAUCCUCAGUGCGGCCGAGUGCCGGCGCAGGGGCCACGAGCCCGUGGUUUAUUUAUUUAGGGACAGGUUCACUGUUUCAAGCCUUUUGUAGCUCACGUUUUCAUACGAGCCUCCCCCGGGGGCACCCGCGUCAGAAAGACACGAUCCCGCUCUGCCAUCAGCACUCGAAACGCUGCCUGUGGACUUCGCACUUGGGGCCCCAGCGGGUGCUGUGACCCCCCCUCUGUGUGUCCACAGGGGCCGGGGCAUCCCCUAAGGUUCCUUUCGGUCUUCCUUCACUUUCCAGAGAUUAAACCUGGUUUGUUCCCCUCCAAACAUGAGCCGUGGAAGUGCC